AUGAAUGACAAAUUACCAACAGAAACGAUGAUCCAGAUUUUCUCAGAGGUCGCUGAGAAAGCUGGUUUGCGAAAAAUUUGGAAGCUGCGUUGCAUAUCACACGAAAUAAAACUCAUCAUUGAGACGGUUGUAUUUGAUAAAUUCCGUAAUAUAGAAUGGCAAAUUGCUGGAUGGUCCUUUGAUGGCGACAAAACAUUAGAAUGGGGAUGCACUGAUCUCAACGUACGAAUUCUUGCACCCAAUGCCAAUGAUUGUUGCGCACGAAUUCGGCCAAUCACAAAACCACAUUGGUCUCUUCGCUACAAUUGGUAUGAAUUUUGGCUUCGUGUAAAAGGACAAGCUCAAAAUAGAUGGUAUGAUUUGAGCGAGAGAAUUGAACAAUGUAAGAUGAACAAUGGUUCAGGUGGCGAAAAAUGGUUUGGUAAUGUGAAAAUUGUGUAUCAUCGUAUUUAUAUUUAUGGACAAGAAUCAUGUCAAUAUAUUUCCGAAUUCAAGAUUGAUUUAAGAAUAUUGUUUGCGCUAAUUGAAGAUUGA